AACAUGAAUCUCUCUCUCUCUCUCUCUCAGCCCACAUGCUUACAGACAGACAAAGCUCUCUUUGGUUGUUUAAAGUGCUCUCUAUCUCUGGUCAUUUAAGCUCCUCUAAGUGUACUGUGUACUGUUCUUCUUUUUCUUCUUCCCUUUGCUUGGAUCAGUUCCUCUGCUGCGAAACCAAGCAGCUGACUGCUUUGCUUUAGCCUCUUCCUCCCUUCUGAUCACAUUUUCACAUGCCUUAGAGAAGAAAUACAUCAAACUAUUCCAUUCCAUUCUCCAUUCUCAUUCCUCAUCACCACUUGGCCUCUCUCUCUCUCUCUCUACCAAACAAAAUCCCAUCUUCCUCACUCCUUUCAGUUAGCAGCACUGAUACAGAUUCUGGGUCUUCCACAGAAUUGCAAAUCCUAGCCUCGUUGUUUGAUGGGGAGAGCUGAAGACUGAGAGAUCUUGCAGAGUCGUUUGGUCUAUCAGAUCAAAUGGGUGCAAUGCAGUUGGGCUUGCUGGUCAUGCAGCUGUGCCUGGUUGCCACUGCAUUGCUGGUUAAUGGAUCUGCGGACUACCAUGCUCUGUCUCCUGCUUCAAGUCCUGUCCACGAUGCGAGGAAAAGACGUGGAGAUCUUCAUAACAGUCCACCAACAAGCGGCACCUCAAGUUCACAUAAGCCAAUGAGGCCUUCAGGUAUCUCAGUUGCACCUUCGAUAUCGAACGAACCAGCAUAUCGGAGGAAUCACUUUCCUGCAAAUGCUCCCUCGAUCCCAUUUAAUAAGCACCAUCAGUCUAGAAACCGAAUCAUCGAUUCUUCUCCGAGAUCCUCUGUCUUUCCACCACAUAUUCACCACCGACUAAGAGGUCCUUUCCACUCCCCUUUCCAUUCUCACUGGGGCCAUCGCAGUGCACAAGCACCUGCCCCAUCACCGCAAAUAAUUCCGAACCGUUUCAAUGAGCCAGCUCUUUCGCCCGCAUUCUCCCCUUCAGGUCUAGUGACGAAAGCGAAGGCUCCUCCUCUGUCACCUAUAUUGUCUCUUCCACCCCCACCACCUAAUGAAGAUUGUGCAUCAAUGACCUGCACUGAGCCGAUGACUUACACUCCUCCUGGGUCACCAUGUGGCUGCGUGUGGCCAAUUCAGGUCGAGCUUCGCCUCGGGGUGGCACUCUACACAUUCUUCCCGUUAGUUUCCAAGCUUGCAAAGGAGAUUGCAUCAAGCAUUUUGCUUGAUCGUAGCGAAGUUCGGAUCAUGGGAGCGGACUCAGUGAGCCACCAACAGCUUGAGAAAACAAUUGUCCUGAUAAACUUGGUUCCUAGAGGAUUGAAGUUUGAAUAUUCCGUCGCAUUUUCUAUCUACGAGAAGUUCUGGCGCAAAGAGAUUCUAAUAAAAUCAUCCCAAUUUGGAGAUUACGAAGUUUUAUAUGUCCACUAUCCAGGUCUUCCACCAUCUCCACCUUUAUUGCCUUCUGGUGCAUCGAUCUCGGGCAGUCUACCGUACUCGGGAAGUCAAAGCAACAGACAGCCCAUAAAACCGUUGGGAGUUAAAGUUCCGAGACAGAGGAAACAUCACAAUCUUGCUAGAAUCACAAUAACUGUCAUUGUUCUCUCAUCUUUCUCGGCACUAAUUGUGUGUACAGUCGUAGUAUUACUCUUGAAGCGUAAAGCUCAUGCUCCUUCAUCAAAAGACCCUCAGCUAUAUUCCCCCGCUAAACCUUCAGGAGCUGCGGCUUCUGUAGUGGACAAGAGUGUUCCUGCUUCGGCUUCAGUAUCUUUCCGAUCAAAUAGCAUGGCUUACAUGGGAGCUGCCAAGAUCUUCAGCCUGAGCAACAUAGAGAAUGCCACCAGCAGUUUUGACGCGUCAAGGAUCCUUGGCGAAGGAGGUUUUGGGGUCGUUUACAGCGGAAAAUUAAAUAAUUCACAGGAAGUGGCAGUGAAAGUUCUGAAGAGGGAAGAUCAGCAUGGGACCCGGGAAUUUCUGGCAGAGGUCGAAAUGCUGAGCCGCCUUCACCAUAGGAAUCUAGUUAAACUUAUUGGAAUAUGCACAGAUGAACGUGUCCGCUGCUUGAUUUAUGAACUGAUCCCAAACGGAAGUGUUGAGUCCCACUUACAUGGAGCUGACAAGGAAAAGUCUCCACUCGAUUGGGGUGCUAGGAUGAAGAUUGCUCUUGGGGCAGCUCGGGGUUUGGCGUACUUGCACGAGGACUCGAAUCCACGGGUUAUACAUCGAGACUUCAAAUCGAGCAACAUAUUGUUGGAGCAUGAUUUUACCCCAAAGCUAUCGGACUUUGGGUUGGCUAGGGCCGCACAGGACGAGGGGAACAGACAAGUUUCGACACAAGUCAUGGGAACUUUCGGUUACUUGGCACCAGAAUACGCGAUGACGGGCCACCUCCUCGUGAAGAGCGAUGUAUACAGCUAUGGUGUGGUCUUGCUUGAGCUCCUGACCGGAAGGAAACCCGUGGACCUGUCCCAGCCCCAGGGACAGGAGAACCUAGUCUCAUGGGCCCGUCCCUUGCUCACGAGCGAGGAGGGCCUGGAGACUAUUGCUGACCCGUUGCUGAAGCUGUCUGAUGAUGUCUUGCUUGACGGCUUGGCAAAGGUGGCAGCAAUAGCCUCAAUGUGCGUGCAGCCUGAGGCGUCUCACCGCCCCUUCAUGGGUGAAGUCGUGCAGGCACUGAAGCUUGUCUGCAGUGAGUUUGAUGAGACCAAAGGAUUGAUAGGCCGCGGAAGCUUCAGGCAGCUACCGGAGAUUCCUGACUUAAAGGGAAAUCCCGGAAACUACGAGAUUUCUGGUGAGAUCUUUAAGAAUCCUCCAGAGAGCGAUCCUCCUCAGUAUUCCUUUGGCUCUGAUCACGAGGCCCGACUAGGAUUAUCGGAUCUAGGCGGGAAAGCCGGGUUCAGGGGCGAGGGGUUUUGGGAUAUCUCGAGCCAUUUUAGCUCGGGGCCACUGAGGAUGGGGAAGAGGAGGAAGUUUUGGCAGAGGCUCAAGAGUUUGUCUAGAAGCAGCAUGAGCGAGCACGAUUUCUCAUUGAAGUUAUGGCCUGAAUCCUUUUGAUUGGUUUUUUUUCUCCCUCGCCCUUGAUUAUCGAGUGCAUUCGAACCCUUUUGGUGCCCGAAAAAGAAGUUUCCUGUAAAUUCACCUUGAACCAAUCGGUUCGCAGAAAUCCAUUCACAUUGUUAGAGAAAUGUAUUGGAAUUUUCAGAUUGCAGGUUUCAGAAGAAUUUCAUUCA